UCGAUUAUCCGCAGCAAACAGGAGUCCGCUGUUGGCCAACGCGCGCCGCAUCAAGUGCUGGGGACUUUAAUGCUCUUGUUCCCGGAUAGGCACGCUGUUGUCGCAGCGCUCUCCCAGCCCGAAUCCGAAGAGUAAUGCCCGGAUAUUAAUCGUUUUUACUAGCAAAUAUAUUCACCUACCCUUCUUCAACUGGACUCCCUGCCUGCUUCGUGUAAAGGUCACGUACUUGGGAAUUUACAUUCUCUUCUUGAACACAAGAAGCACACGCACGGGAUUUUUUUCUCCGAAAUCGUUUCACUCUUACACCGCCAAAAUGGAGUUUAUGGCCAAACAAAUGCUUUCCAGUAAGAUGGGUGAAGUGAAAAAACUGACGGGAGAAGGGGACGGGGAGAAAAAGGAAGAGGGCGGGGCCACGGCUGAGGAGGAAGCUGAACUGAUGAAAAUGCGCGAGGAGGCCGAGUUUGCGCGCAAAGAGAAGCACCGCAAGAUGGAGGAACAGCGGGAAGGAAUGCGGCAAGGUAUCCGCGAUAAGUACGGAAUAAAAAAGAAGGAGAUCAUCGUUGAGCCGGAACCUGCCGCAAUGCCGGGCAUGGAAGGUCGCCUCAAUAAACCAAAAGCCGACCAAGCUCUACUGGCCCAGCAAGCGGCCAUGGCAGACGAGGACUUACCACUUAUGAAGCAAGUGGAAAACGGUGUCAACUACGUGAAGGAAGCAGCCACCGGACUCUUUGCGAAGUUACCAUUUUUCAAAUAGCCGCUGGGAAUUCUAACGAUUGUUAAGUAAUUUUUCAAUGGUGUUUCGUGAUCUACAAAAUGGCACUAUAGAAAUUAUACAGGUUCAACAUGAAAUCUCUAUCCUUUUAAAUAUGUCUGCCUGAAAUCGGUAUAAUACAGUUAUACUAUUUUAUUGUCUUCUGUGCAUUAUGAUCGCUGCUGUAUCAUUAGGUGAUGAAAUUGACCGUUGACGUUUCUUGGCUUCGAUAAAUACGUAUCUGACUGUGUUCAUUCCUCGCGCAAAAAUAAACUCAAAACUGUA